AAACAAGUGCUUGAGCGAGCCCGCGCGCGCGCACGCGAGUUUGGGACACAGAGAAAGAGUGCGAGAGAGAGAGAGAGAGGGGGCUGCCAACAUCUGGAGGACGGGAAUGCUCUUCUGAUACGGACAAGGCAAGAGCUCCAAUCUUUGGGAAAACUUCCAGGAAUUUGAGUGCUGGCUCACAGACGGCCGGGGCAGGAAUUUCUUUUUGUGGUUUUGCGGCAGGGUAAAGGCGCGUUUCAGAAAAUGACUGGGGAAGAAAAGAGCACCCCGUCGCCGGAUUCUGUGAAAGUGGAAGAGGAAAAAAUGAAUAAUGAAAAAAGUCCAACAGAUCAGGAGAACAACUACCUGAAUUCAGCAAAAUGCCCACCUCUGGAUUUUAUUGACACUGGAAAAGGAUUAAAAGUCCAGACUGUAAAGCCUCAUCUAGUCAGCCUGGGGAGUGGACGUCUAAGUACUGCAAUUACACUGCUGCCUUUGGAGGAAGGCAGAACAAAGAUUGGACGUGCAGAUGCCCCUGCACCCCAGGAUAUAAUAAUAGAAGGACCUGGAAUUGCUGCAGAACAUUGCUUCAUAGAGAAUAAGAAUGGAAUCAUCACCUUGGAUCCUUGUGGAAACCUAUGUAUGUUAGAUGGAGUUCCUGUAACAAAGCCAACACAACUAACACAAGGUUACACACUUUGCCUGGGUAAAUCAUACUAUUUCAGAUUUAAUCAUCCAGAGGAAGCAAGUCGAAUAAAGAACAUGCUGCCCCACCGAAGCCAAAUCACCUCUCUGAGUCCAACACAAGAUUUUUUGAGGUUUAGUAAUGACACUGGUCCUUCUUUGUACAGCUCUGGUUCAAGCUCAAAACCUGUUAAAAUGCACAAUGACCUGCAGGAUAUAAUGGAGACACUUGCCAAGAAAAAUCUUACCGUGGAAAGCAACAUGAGACCUAAUGGAGAUUACGCAAAUACAUACUUUGGCCUUUCACAGUCACCAAAUGCUAAUUCAGCCCCACUUUCUUAUAACUCUGUCUCUUCAUCACCUAAUCUGAAUCAGUCCCUUUCCUCCACAGGUAAAUUUUUUCUCACAGAGGGCUACCAACAAUUAGAAAGAUCACCUUUAUCAAUAAAAAUAACAUCAUCCAUCUCCAGCAGCAUGCCUCCAUCCCCAAGGCAGCGUAUUACACCAGUAUCCGAUCUCAUCGACCUGCAAACCAGAGAAAUGGAGUUUUCACAUAGUCCUCCAGAACUGCUUCCAUAUUCCCGGGCUAGUCCAAGAAAUAAGUCUCAUGAAAAUGUCUUCUUUUCGUCAAAUUCAGAUGGAAGAAAAACUCAAGCAGGUGCCCAGCUGUCUACGUGGAAUGGAGGCUGUAUAGGUGAUGGUCACUCCUCUAUGAACACUGGAGCUGCCAGCAUGCCUUCAAGUCCUCGAUUAGCCAGAAGGUUAAACCUCCAGGAGACUCAGGCUCUACAGACAAGAUCAAGUCGAGCUGCAAAUGACUGUUGUCUUGAAAAUAGCCCUAGACAAAGGAAAUACUCCGGAGGAUCUUUGAAAAGUAUGGGAGCUUACAGUCGGUCCCUCCCACGACUGUAUAAGACCAAUGAAAGCCAGCUAUCUACUUUUAGUGUGCCUCCAAGGCGAUCCCUUGAUAACCAGGCUAGAUCUUAUGCUACGGAUAUCUCCCAUAAUGGCAUUUCAGAUGGAGAUGUUUUCUCAUUUACCUCUGCAAAGCCACCCAGAAGUUGGACAACCCUUGACCGAAACCCUGAUCCCAGUGUGAUAUCUAGCGUUCCGACCAGCCCUCGUGUGGCAAAAAAAAUGUUCCUAACAUCAACUAGCACAUGUAACAUGGAUUUUGAUAAAAGUAACCUACAAGGUCACAGUUCAAGUCAGAUUUUUGUAACGGAGAGAAAGUAUUCACUGGGGAGAAGGGAGCUAGAAUUAAAUAAUGCUGAAAAUUUUAAGCUGAUACAAAGUGGUCCGCUUCGAGAAAGAAGAGGUAGCAUAAGUUCUUUAAGUGGAAAGGAAGAAUUGAGAGAUUACCAUCAAAGGCAAAGGGAUGAGAGACUCCGGGAGCAAGAAGUGGAGAAACUGGAACGUCAGCGUCUAGAGACCAUUAUGAGCUUGUGCUCUGAACUGACCAAAACGGACAAGGAUAAUGCAGUUACAACUGUGGCUGACCUGCAAAAAAUCAACAAAGAACUUGAGAAACUCCAGUUAACAAAUGAGGAUCCAGUGUUCACUGAUUCACUGCUUUGUCAAGAAAAUGGUUAUGACUCAAGGUCUAGAGAUCCUUCUAGAUCCCCAACGGUUUCUUUAUCUGGAUCACAUUGCAACACCCUGUUUAAUCACAGCAGCAACAGUGAGAAAGAUGUUCGAGAUUUCGGAUUUGGGCUACUGCUAAAUGACAGUUUGAAAUCCACACUGCUGUCCUCUUCUAGUGCACAACUUUCUCCAAAUGCCUCUUUACAGCAUCGAUCAGCAAAGAUUUCCAACACUUUAGAAGAUGAGAGGAUAAAACAAGAAAUAAUUUGUGUGGAGGAAGAGCGGAUACAUGUUCUUAAUAAUCUGGAGGAGCUAGAACAGAAGAUCAAAGACCUCGGUAAUCAGAUGGAGGAGUCUGCACGUGAGCUUGAUAUGGAGCGUGCAUUGUUGGAUGGAGAACAUGAUUCAGAAAUGACACAGCUGCAACAUGAAAAAGAAGUUUUGGACCAACUGAAUGGGAAGAUAGCUGAGCUUGAGACUAAUGUUAUUUCAGAAAAAUCCAAGGAAAAGACUAAACUUGAUGCUGAAAGGGAAAAGCUAGAGAAACUACAGGAGCUUUAUUCUGAGCAGAAGACUCAACUUGAUAACUGUCCAGAGUCCAUGAGGGAGCAAUUACAACAGCAGCUUAAAAGGGAUGCAGAUCAUCUUGAAGUGGAAACAAAGAAGUUUGAAGAUCUUGAGUUUCAGCAGUUAGAAAAGGAAAGCCGACAAGAUGAAGAAAAGGAGAAUCUCACUCAGCAGCUUCUUCGAGAAAUAGCAGAAUAUCAGCGCAACAUUGUAACAAGAAAGGAAAGGAUUUUAACUUUAAAAAAACAGUCAACACAGAUUGCUCAACAGACUCAGAAAGAAAAGGACAAUUUUCUAAAAGAAAAAAACAAUUUAUUAGUCAUGUUGCAAAGAGAAAAGGAAAAUCUAAGCAGCCUUGAAAAGAAAUAUUCAGAUCUUACAGGAGGAAGAAGUUUCCCUGUCAACCCUAACAGCUUGAAAGAGGGCUAUGUCACAGUAAAUGAAAUCAAUGAGAUGUAUGGCAAGUCUGGAAACAUUUCCCUACCCUCUCAGCUCCCCUUGGAUACAGUCUGUUCCGAGCCAGAUAAGGAAGUUUCCUCAACAGAACAGACUCCCUUGUCACCUAAGGAAGAGCAUUUCAGAUCAAUAGAAGAAAGAAAAAAAUCCUCCAAAGAAGGCAAUUACAUGAGUGAUACAUUACCAAGAAAGAAAAGUGCCCCAACUAUUUCACCCCACUUCAACAGCUCAACGCUGGGACGCAGUGUUACACCCAAAUCUCAUAUGCCCCUGGUUCAGAGUGCUAGCUGUGGAAGUGUACUUCCUCGAAAUCUAACUGUAUCACCGAAGGACAUUGACUCAAGAAGAAUGCACAAAGGGCAUAAUCAUGACCAUAUGAGUGAAGAACAAAGACAACGUUUGCCUGACUUUUAUAACAGAACGGCAUCUGAAUCUAAUGUUUAUUUGGAUUCUUUCCAUUAUGCUGACAACGGAUACAAGGAGCGUGCAUUUGAUACACUGAGUAUCGAUAGCUCUGAUAGUAUGGAAACCAGCAUUUCUGCUUGCUCUCCCGAUAAUGUCUCAAGUGCUAGUACUGCCAAUGUUGCCAAAAUAGAAGAGAUGGAGCGCCUUUUAAGGGAGGCUCAAGCUGAAAAGACACGCCUACUUGAGUCAAGGGAACGGGAAAUGGAAGCAAAAAGGCAAGCUUUGGAAGAGGAAAAACGUCGACGUGAAGAACUGGAAAAGAGGCUGCAAGAGGAAACAAAUCGCCGGCAGAAGUUAAUUGAAAAGGAGGUCAAACUGAGAGAAAAGCAGAGGGCUCAGGCUCGGCCUCUCACCCGAUAUCUUCCUGUCAGGAAGGAUGAUUUUGAUCUCCGAAGCCAUAUAGAAUCUGCAGGCCACAACAUUGACAUCUGCUACCAUGUGUCACUCACAGAGAAGACAUGUCGGGGGUUUCUUAUAAAAAUGGGUGGAAAAAUUAAAACAUGGAAGAAGAGAUGGUUUGUCUUUGACCGAAACAGACGGACAGUGUCAUAUUAUGCAGAUAAGCACGAAGCCAAGUUGAAAGGAGUCAUUUAUUUUCAGGCCAUCGAAGAAGUCUAUUAUGACCAUUUAAAGAAUGCACAUAAGAGUCCUAACCCAUCACUUACAUUCAGUGUCAAGACUCAUGACAGAGUGUACUACAUGGUAGCUCCAUCUCCAGAGGCGAUGAGGAUCUGGAUGGAUGUCAUUGUGACUGGAGCAGAGGGAUACACUCAGUUCAUGGUGUGAAUUGCCAUUUGGAAAACUUGUGUCUUUAUUGACUAUACAUUCUAAUUACAGUACAUGGGCGUGACCUAGUUUACGACAUGUAUAUUAACUUGAUCACGAAAACAGUGUGGCCAAGGGUAAGGUUUAUUAUAUGCUUCAUUUGUGAAAAGCUGUAUUCAGUUUAUAUAACAAAGUGUCUAAUUUGGUAGAAGCAUUUUUAUGACUGGCUGGUAUUCCAGCAUAAACAAUUUAGAUGAUUCUUCUAUGUAAUUUACAUUUAAAUUAAGUUUUAACAGACUUCAGCAUGAUAUACCAAAUAUGAAGAUGCUGUAUUUUUACAUAAAAUUCUUUAGUACCUUGUAUCUUUUUAUUUGCAGUAAUGUACCCAGUAUAAUUCUGUGACAACUCAGGAACAUACAGGUAUAGUGUUCUGCCUAAAUGUGCCUUAAAGUACCUUUUUAAAGCUAAUUAAUUAGUAAUAUUUUCAGAGAUAUCAUCAGAGUUUUUUCUUCUUCUCCACAUCCCCUCUCGAGGUUUAGAAACCUGAUCCUAUAUACGAGCCAAAGUUUUUUAGUAGGGUGUGUAGAUUAACAUGCAUUAGGAUACAAGGCUGGGAAGCUGUGUGCAGUGGGUGCUAUACACAAUACGGUACGUAAAAGACAUGUACUGUUCAUUUAGGAUGUCCACAUACUGCACCGGUCAUAAAUGUACGGAGACAUUUUUAGCAUUGCACAGAGUGGAUGUUUUGAUGUUGGGCAAGUGGAGAACUGCUCUUUAGCUUUCUAUACUGUAUUAUAUUCUAUUUUUUUUAUCAAGCAGUGUUGUUGGAUGAUGUUACAACUUAUUUGUCAGAAGCCUCUUUUGAAUUGUUUUAUAUUGUGACUGUAAAAAAAUGUGCCGAAUGCAAUAAAACCACGUUAUCUGUGGCAUUUAUUACAGUGGUGAGACAAACCUGUAUAUGCUUUUUAAAUGAUUAAACCUUUUGUACUAUAUGUUUGGCUCCCUAUGCUGAAAAAGGUGGAGUCUGCUUUUAUGGGAAAAAAUAGCCUAAUGUUUAUAUGUUUGUAUAUAUGAAAAGGCGUUCUUUCAUCCACAAUAGACUUUUCCAUCAGCAUUUUAUAUUUAUGGUAUGAAACUGCAUGUUUUUUGCAACACCCAUAUAAAAAUUUAAAAUGCACAACGUUGAUGUGAAUUUGCUUCCAAGUCAUGUAUGCCACUAGAUCCUUUUACACUUCAUCAAAUAAGCAUCUGAAUUGUCAAAACAAUUCAGUUUUUAUACAGUGCCAGUAUAUUCGAGAACUGUCUUUAUUUUUGCGUAUGUGUGUUUUAUUUGUUAUCCUUUCCUUACUGCAAUUUGUCUGCCUAAAUACAAACUUGAAUGUAACACUAUACACACUAUGACGUGUGAAAAAGGUGAAAUUUAAAGUUCUUUAGUCUUCAAAUGGUUACUCAUGUAUAUUUUCCAUUUUUCUUAAUUUUGCUCGCUAUGAUAUUUAUGUUUAUUGUGCAUGCAUUUUA